AUGGCGUACAAGAGGUCAUCCGUCCUCGUCGGUCUGCCCGAUCAGGAUCGCGGCUGGGAGGAAGUGCAGGCAAAGACAUUCACAAAAUGGCUCAACACCAAGCUCGAGUCGAGACAGAUUCCUCCGAUGCGAUCACUAGCAUCCGACCUCUCGGACGGAGUCAAGCUAGUGCAGCUCAUGGAGAUCAUGGGCGACACAACCCUCGGGCGCUACUACAUGAACCCUCGCAUGCGCGUACAGAAGGCCGAGAACGUCAACCUAGCCCUCGAGUUCAUCAAGAGUCGAGGUGUGGUGCUCACCAACGUCGGUGCAGAAGAUAUUGUCGAUGGCAACCUCAAGCUCAUCCUCGGCAUGAUCUGGACCCUCAUUCUCCGUUUCACCAUUGCUGACAUCAGUGAGGAGGGUGUCACUGCCAAGGAGGGUCUGCUCCUCUGGUGCCAGAGAAAGACGGCUCCUUACCAAGAGGUCGACGUCACCAACUUCACGACAUCCUUCAAGAACGGACUUGCACUUUGCGCACUGAUCCACCGACAUCGCCCCGACUUGCUCAACUACGACGCGUUGCCCAAAGAUGAUCCUCACGCCUGCACAAGGACCGCCUUUCAGAUUGCCGAAGAGCACCUUGGCAUUCCGCAGUUGCUCGACGUCGAGGAUCUCUGCGACCGGCCCAAGCCAGACGAGCGCAGUGUCAUGACCUACGUCGCUCAGUACUUCCACGCUUUCAGCUCCAUGGAGCAGGCGGAAGUGGUCAGUCGGCGAGUCGCUACGUUUGCCGACGUCAUGCAGGGCGCAUGGGUUAUGCAGCAGGACUACGAAAGGAGAGCUCUUCACCUCAUUGACACCAUGACAAGCCUACAGAAUGCCUGGGUCGCAGCGACAUUCGUAGGGACCUACGCCGAUGCUCGAGCUCAGCUCACCCAAUUCAACGAAUACAAGAUCGGCGUCAAGCGCGAGCUGGUCCGUGAAAGAACCGACUUGGCAGCUCUCCUCGGCAACAUCCAGACCAAACUCAAGACCUAUCAUCUUCCCGAAUGGAUUCCACGGCACGGUCUUAGGCAGGCUGAUCUCGAUGCUGCAUGGGUCACUCUCGCGCUAGCGGAAGCACAUCGCAGUCGAUCCAUCAAUGCUGAGAUCCGCAAGGCCAAAGAGAGUCUGCGAAUCAAGUUUGCCGAGGCUGCCAAUGAGUUCGAGCGACAGCUGCGCGAAGUUGCAGGCGGCAUCACCACGAUCGAAGGCGACUUGAAAGCUCAGCUCGAGGUGGUCAAGCAGCUGCUCGCGCAACUAGAUCCCAUCAAGGAGCGACUCUCGUUGAUCACCACGCUCGAACAGGAAUGCACCGACGCCAAGGUGGAAGAGAACGACCACACCAUCUUUACGCUCAGCGAUCUUGCCUUCGAGUGGGAGCUCGUCCGCGCGAGCGUCUCGAAGAAGCUGGCCUUCAUCGAGAAUCAGAUCGUUUCGCGGCAGCACACCAACCUUACCCCAGCCCAGCUCGAAGAGUUCGAGUCGACAUUCCGCUACUUUGACAAGGAUGCUUCCAACACACUCACAGUGCCGGAACUGGGCGCAGCUCUUGCCAGUCUGGGCAUCAUCUAUACCGAAGACGACAUUGAGCAGAUCCACUUGCAGCUAUGCGAGACAUUUGGCGCUGUCUCGUACGAUGCGUUCCUCACCUUUCUUCGCGAGAUCACCGAAGACACCACCUCGCCCGAUCAAUUGUUGGAGGCGUUCCAGGGCCUGGCUGGCGACAAGCCCUACGUCACCGAACUCGACCUGCGUCUGGCGCUGCUUCCUCAGGGAUCCAUCGACUACCUGAAGUCUGCCAUGCCACAGGUCCAAGUCGAAGGCGUCGAGGACGCGGUGUACGAUUAUGAGGGCUAUUUGACCGGGCUGUUCGGUGUAGCUCAGCCAUGA